AUGCCCGGGGCGCGGGCGGCACCGACGGGUCGGGCCGGGCCGCUCUGCAGCGUUGGCCACUGCCCGCUCAGCCCCGCGGCCGCGGCGCCGCCCGGCCCGCGCUUACAUGGCAGCCGGCACCGCCCUCCCCUCCCCGCCCUCCCCGUUCGCCCUCCCCGCCCGCCGCCGGCAACGGCUCCCGGCCCGAUCCGAUGGACGGCACUGCCGAGCCCCGGCCCUGCAACGCCCUCCGUGCCCGCGUAUCGUUUCUCGAAGGAGCCGGCCGGGGCCGUUGCCGGGUUGUUCAGUAACGGGAACUCGAUUUGCCACCGUCCCGCGCAGCGGAGGAGGAACGUGGUCCCUGUCCCGACGGAGCGGAGCUUGUGCAAUCCACCCGCGGGCACGGCAGCUAUUCCCCGUCCCGGAGACCCCACUGGGGCUCUGCGUUACGCCCUGCGAAUGGAAACCUGCUGUUUUGCUAACGUUGCAGAUAUUCAAGAUUUAGCUGACUGCUAGGCUGUGUUCUCAGUCUGACCUCAGGCCUGCCUUGCUUCUAUGGAUAUCUGCUCUCCUUGCUCAGGUACUGCAGGGUGGGCCUGGCUGUCUGUUACUGCAAUCCAUUUCUAGCUCUUGGGGGGAGAUCUGGCCCUCACU